AUGUUCCUUGAGAAAGUAGAAACGGUCACACAAGCCAUGCAAGAUAUGGGCAAUCCUUACCAGGAAGAAUGUCGAGACCUUCUUUCGCUUGAUGCAAAGGAUAUUGGUCACCAAACUGCCGCCGAGCCGAUUGGCACACACCUUGAGAAAGGCAAGGUGCCAGCUUCAAAGCCAAAAGUGCUACAGGAAGGCUUUCAAAUCUUCUCCAAUCUGUUCAUAUCCUGCCAGAGCAGAGAGUGUGACUUGAAGGAGUACUUCCAUCACGUGAACCAAUCAUAUCCUGCCGCCCUCAGUGACGGUGGAAAGCUCUACACCUGGGAGAAAUCCCACUUCACUACAAUUUUUGAGAGCCAAAUUACAACCCCUGAGGCAGAGCCAGACGCCGACAUCAUCAUAAUUGAUGGUGCAGCGUUAAUGAACAGUCUCCCCCCACGGAGUACAAAGAUAUUCGAAGAAUACACAAUGCUCAAUGUCCUUCCUAUAAUCCAGUAUCCAUCGGUUGCCGAUGAUGAAAACCUAGAGGCAUCCGAGACGUUUGGGGUCAUGAUGUAUGACAGAUCCAGCACAGCCGAAGAUGUCGAUGAUGCGAAGUUGGAUAUGUUUGCCAUACGAAGCUAUUCCUCCAACCUAAGCAGCGGUGAAGUAGCAUGUGAAGCGUGCUUCCUACAAGGCGGUCCACAUCUGGAGUCAGUCAACAUUACGUCAACCAGAAACGCAGACUCCUGGCAACUAGAGCUGAACCAAGAAAGAAAAUCUGUGGCAGAUCGUUUGGACAGAGCUCCAAUUAUUUGCGGAGAGUUGCCAGCAGCUGACCAAGUGUAG